CGUUAGGGUGGUUGAGGUGAGCGAGGGCCCAUAGAAAAACAUUUAACAAGCUCUCAAACUCCUAAAGGGAUGUCCAAAAACCCUAGAUCUAAUUACGGCCAAUUUAGUUAAUCAGUGUUGAAUUUCAGGUUCCGCAUGGAAGGAAGUUCAGAAACCCUAGAUCUAGUUGCAGCUGAUUGUGUCUCUCAGUGUUGAAUUUCAGGUUCACCUCCUGCGCUCUCUUCCUCAACAUGUCCAAGCCAGUGAAAGCGGAGCAUCCAGGUCCCUCCUCUACCACCUCACAUCGGAUUACUAAUCUGAUUAGGGAACCUGCGGUGAACGCAUACUUGUUUCUGACAGCAUACUGCUCCUGGCUUUCCAAAAGGGGUCCCCUGAACCCUAGACCUAUUUUAACGCAGAUUUCAAGUGAUUUUCUUGUAAUCUCUGCCUGAAGAUGUCUGAAGCUGCCAAGGUGGAUUGUCCAGCUCCCUCCUCUACCCGUCUCCCAGAACACUUGAUGCAUAAGAAUCGUUUGCAAGAGUACACUCAAAGAUCAGCCAUACCACUCCCAAUAUAUCAAACUGUCAAUGAAGGGUUCCAACAUGCACCAAAGUUUAGGUCCACUGUGUUAGUGGAUCGAGCAACAUACACAUCGCCUAACACAUUCUCACAUAGAAAAGCAGCAGAACAGGAUGUUGCUAGACUUGCACUGGAGUUCAUAUCAAAAAAGAUAAAGGAUGAAGGAUGUCCUCUUAUUCGUGAGGAUACAGUCUUUUGCAAGUCUAUUCUAAAUGAAUUUGCAGUCAAGAUGAAUCUGGAAAAGCCAACGUAUACAACAGUUCAACCGGAAGGCUUGCUUCCAGUUUUUGUUUCUUCUCUAGUGUUCAAUGGAGUCACUUAUACUGGUGAUGCUGGCAGAAACAAGAAAGAGGCUGAGCAGUUGGCAGCACGUACUGUUAUUCUAUCAAUUCUGGGUAACUCAGGAUCUGGGACUCUUCUGUCUGAGAUAAUCAAGUCUAAAGUUAAACUCUAUGCUGCUUUGCACAGAGUCAAGGACCCAUCCUAUAUUCAUACUGGCAUUUUGCCUGUAGGAUUAACUUCUGGGAUCCCACCCUGUAAAGGGAAAGAAGUUGAAGUUGCACCAGGUACUGAUCAAUUGCUGCCAACUGCAGUUUCAGUGCCUUUAUCUGGACAAUUGGUUCAUGUUCCAGUGACGCAUCCACCAGUUCAUGAAUUGGAGAAGCCAAAACCAAAUGUGUCAUCUGAAGUGAUUGCUCCCCCAAUUUCAUUUGUGCCUUCAGUUUUUGAGCAGCCUCUGGUCGUGUCUCCAACUACUGGGAGGAAGCGGAAUCGCAAGAACAAGAAAAAGGCUAAUAAGAAGUUGCGAACUGAUGCUCAUUCUGCAUUUCAUUGUUGGAUGGUGCUGUCAUUUAUCAAAUUUAUGCAUAUGGAUGCAUGUAAUAGUCUAUGUUUAGUGUGGAUGCAUGUCAUAUUUGUUGAUGGUUGCCGGUUGCUGUAUUGCCUUUGAAUCAGGCUCCACCUUGUUCUGUGGCACAGUGAGGGACGUUUGCGGGUCAGGUAGUCAGUAGCCUAGUGAGCGACAGAUCCUUCUUGUAUUUACUAACUGUGGCUCAAACAUUUCUUUGUUUCUUGAACAUCUAACCAACACUCUCUUGUAAGAUAAAAAUAUUGCUCAAUCUUUUGACUUUGUUACUGUCGAGUAUCUUGAACUGCUAAACCUUCUAAAUCUGUUUUUCCCUUGUUUUAUGCCAUACUCUUAUGUAUGGUUUGAUGAGAAGGUAAGAAAGAAGGAAAAAUUUGGAUUUGCA